AUGCUUUCUUCGUUCAGUGCAGUGGCAUUGCUAUUGCUUCCAUUAGCGCAUCAUGCCACUGCCGAUGCACAACGCGGUACCGCAGUGAUUGUUGCGAGUGAGUGUCGAAGCUCUCGUAGGUCUUGAAAGUACUCACUGACACCCUCAUAGCGCCACCACCAGCCUCGGCCAGCGCAGCAGCCCAAGUUACCUAUCAGCCAGUGCAGUCGCUCCCUCCAGCAUCGGAUAGCAACUUCGUGUACAGCACACCGACCACUCGCUGGAGCGCACCGAGCUUUCCAACGGCGUCGCCUCUGCCGGUAUGCUCGGAGGACAUGUGUCCAGCCCUCAACGGACAGCGAUGCCAAGACUCCUCUGGAGCGACAUACGGCGUCUUGUGCGAUCAGAGGUUCAGCGGGACCAUCAUCACGAGUAGCGGAAAGCACAAGAUGGAGAAGAUGAUGGUUCCGCAGGAGGAGGAGGGAGAGGGUGAGGAUGCGGUGCUGGCCAAGAGGAACUACGCCGGGACCUUGGCCAUCUGCCUGGAUUUCUGCGAGCAGUACACGGCGCAGCGAUGCGUUGGUGUUGACUACACCGGGGGAUACUGCAAGGCGUACUCGAAUAUCUUGGGUACACUGAGCGCCGGGGGUCAAAUUGCCAUGGUGCGUCAGUCCUGA